CUUCCAUCUCCAAUCAAUUUAACCCUCAAUAUCACCACCACACCUCACCAAUCGACCUCUUCCCUUCUCACACACGAAAAAAUGACCUCUCUCAAUCCAGACCAAAUCAAAACCCUCGAACAAUCCCGCCAACGACUCAUCCAACUCACCCAUUCCCUUGCCUCCCUCAUAACCAGUCUCAAUCAAAGCGAUCCUCUCCCCUCAUGGACAUCCCUGCAAUCCCAAGCAACCAUCAUUUCCAACAACCUCCUCACCAUCUCCGACCAUCUCUCCGAUAAUCGCGACCUCCUAUCCAACAUCGUCGCCUACCCCGACGCAUCCUACCCAUCGCGCGUCCCCGCAAACAAUGUCGCUCUGGAGCAAGUUCUGCGCACGAAACUAGACCCCCGCGUUGAGGACUGGGUAGCGCGUGGCCGUCGCGCCGGGGCGCCGACUACUUCUUCUGAUACUGGGGCUGGAGCUCUGGGACAAUACCAGACCAACAGUGGACAGGGGUUGCUGAGUGAUGAUGCGAUUGCUGAAUUGUGGGAUUGGGCGCCUGUCGCGGCGAAUGAGGAGGCCAGGAAGAGGAAUUGGGGUGGGAACUAUACGUUGGAGGAGCGGGAGAUGGGGAUUGAGAAGGUGGUUACGGGGUUGAGCAGAGUGUUGGAGGAUGACGAUGAGGAUGAGAGUGAUAGUGAAGAGGGUGAGGGCGAGGCGGAUGAGAUGGAGGUCGUUGGGGUGAGGAGGAGGUCUGGGGCUGGAACUGGGUUGGAGUUUGAUAUUGCUGCUGCGAAUACUGGGUCUGGGGCUAAUGCUGGUGCGGGGGCUAAGGUGGUUGCGCCGGUGGUGCCAUUGGAUGAGAUUUUGAGGUUUAUGACUACGGGGGCUGUGCCGGGACAGCGGUGAUGUCUAAUACGUUGCAAUGCUCGUAGCAGGGG